AUGAAGAUCUAUUCACUCCUAUCCGCUGCUCUUCUCAGCGGCGUAAUGGCUGCCCCAGCACCCACAGAAGACCAAAUCGCAAAGAUACCAGCGCGCAUCUCUAGACAGACACUCUACAAUAUUCGAAAGGCCUGUCCGACAUGCACCAUCACAGCCACCCAUGUUCUCCGCAGCAACUCAGAUCCAAACUGUCUCGAGAUCAACGACUGUUGCAGCGCCAAGGCUCCGAUAAGCUGUUACGAAGACGGCAAGUUCAACAUCGCACAGAAACCUACACUAAAACGGGAUCUCGAGCCGAUAAGCAAAAUUCAGAAGCGGCAGUGUCACCCCUGUUGCACCGAUGGCGAUGCUUGGCCACCGGAAAAGCGCGGACGCUGGUGGGGAUGCAAGAACGUCCCGGGGUUGGAUUGCAGAAAGUGCAUGAGCCCACCGGAAUGGGAGUGGAUUAUUCCUGGGGGUGUUAAUGAGAAAGAAAGGGAAGAUACUGGAGACAUACCUUGA